AUGAGUGCUCCACGUACCGUUCCGCCUGCCCCUGCUCAUGCACCCGUACCAUUACCGAACCCUCAAAAUGCUCCAACUGAGAAGAAAUAUUCUGAAGGAAGUAUGUAUGAAGAUCUGUCGCCGGAGGAUGUAGAAGCUUGGCAUAGGCGGUAUGCGGAAUUCAAGGAAUGGAGAAAAGCGAUACCAAAUAAGGCUUUGGUGGAAUUAGGAGCUGGAACAGGUUCAUCGAUGAGUUUAGGUAAAGGUGUUGGAGUAGGUUCAGCCGAUUGGAGGUGGUAUGAACCUUCGGAUAACGGUACGAUACCUUCGACAAUCGUUGAAAGAGCUUGGGAAACAGCUAGAGCGAGAAGUAACAUGGGUCCUCAAGCUGAACCCCCGGCUCCUUCUCCUCCCAAAUCAGGCAUAUCCAAAAGAUCGUCGAAGAGAAAUAUGAACUUGCAAGCUAGGGUGGAUACGCUGCAUGGAACUGAAACGCCACCUUCUCAAUCUGCUUCGAGAGCUACAACUAUCAGACCGCCCCUAUCUCAGAAACCUGUCCCAUCACAUAAUAUCGCCAACAACCAGAAAACCGAUAAAUCACUCAAAACACCUGCGAUAGAUAUUCAACCUCCCUCAAGUAAAAUUCCAACUCAAGUACCUCUUCCAUCUUCCAAGUCCGCUCAAUCCCAGGCACAGCGUUCAAUCUCAUCACAAAAACCUGCUUCUUCCGCUAAACCUGCUUCUUCCGCUAAACCUACUCGACCACCGCCUACGCCUCUCCUUGCUCAACCAUCCAGAAAAGAUAAGAUUAUCAACCCCUCCUCCGAACCGAAAAUCAUGUCCCGUUCAUCCUCAACGAGAGGUUCGCUUGUACCCGGAGAGCAGAUUAUUCCCUCCCCUACACCGUCAACCAGAUAUGCGGAAAGAGAAGCAUAUAUCGCUUCUGCGCUCUCGUUACCACUUGAUAUGCUGGCGGAAACGGAUGGACCACCACGAACAGAUUCCAGCUCGCAAUUCACCACUGGUAGAUUGGAUUCCCUGUUGGGUAAAGGGAAAAGUGCAAGUAGGACGAAGGGAAGUCAGAGAUCAGCUGGAAGUAGUACGACCCUUCCUUCUAUAAGAAGCGACAAUGUAGUGGAGAGGAAAGUUAGUAUUCAAGAUUUGGCUAGAAGUAAGACUACAUCGGCUGUACCGACAAGAACCCGGGUUAGUGAAAGAUCUUUGGCCGAUCAUAGAGAACACCAUUACGAGGGUUCCGAUCAUUUACCUGUACCCGGUGUCCCGACGAACAUGUCCAGAACACCGUCCGACGGUACGAUCGUUCGAGCUGCUAAUCAUCCUCUUCCACCCUCGACGUCAGCACAAUCUCGAACUUCCGCAAAGGCUCCAGCUAAUCUUCCAGCAACUCAUGCUUCAGCUUCACGCUCUGCUCCACCACCUACGCAACCAGCCGCCUCACAAGCGACUAUCAUCCGAGCUUCUCGUGAACCUUUGCCGCUGUCUUUCCCCAGUGCCGCCACUCAUGCUGAGACCAUCAAAGUGCCUGCUUCCGUCAAGACCGUCAUAGCAUUGUCUGGUCCUGCCACCAAGGCUCCUCCCACCGAAGCCACUGUGAGUAGAGCGGGGACUAUCCGAUUACCUCCUACCACAGGUCGAACAGGGACUGUACGAUCGUCCGCAUCAACGGUGAAACCGGCGGUAGAAUUACAGGAAGUACCACUCUCCCCUCGGAAUGUACCUUUACCACCUAGUGCCCUCACUGCUGCAUCCACAGCGGUGUCAAAGAAAGAACCCGCUCCCACGCAUCGCCAACAGAUGCCUCUGCCCCGCCCAGCUCUAACCCCUCAACCGUCGUUCGAUGGCCUGACAAAAGCUACUUCACUUGGUCGGCAACAUCGAGAUCCGUCCUUGGGCGAUCUUACAGCGCAUUUCGAACCGAGCAUGUACCCUCUUCCGCCGAGUGGAGCCACCUUGUUCUCUAGUCCUGAACAGGUUGGUCAUUUGGUAAGUCCGUCCCUCCACCAUUCACGCACUUUCUGCGCUGAUCAGGACUCUCAGCAUCCAAAACCAGCCGAAGAGCAUGCAGUAGCAUUCUCAACUGUCGAGUACAUCCUUCCCGAAUCGCUCAAGUCCACUACGCAAGCGUCUACCCCGACAGUGCAACUGACCGCCAAAUCCCGAUCUGUUAGGUCUGCUCCGCAGACUCCGGGUAGUCGAGCUGCAGCCAUACCGCUUCCGCCAUCUACUGCAGCUUUGUCGGCCAGGUUGACGCCGAAAGCAACCCCUUCUGCACCUGCCCCUGGCGUUGCGUCACCUGCUCACCUUCCCCCUCCCCCAGCACCAGUCACUUUUCCUGUCAAGCCUGCCCACGCGCCAGCUACCAUCGGGAACUCGGCAGCACAAGCAGACGUAUCCCGGCGGGUAUCAAAUCGCUUGUCGAACCCACCGAUCGAACCGCCUCACCUUACGCAAACCUCAACCGAAUGUCGGAGCCCAGCUCAUACCCAUCCUCAUAUUCAUUUCUCACCUGGACAAGUAUCGCAAUCUCUUAGAUCUGAAGAUGAUCAUGUGUCUUUCGAAGUGCCUUCGGGCUCUCGAGGCAGACUUAGAGUCACGCUGAAAUGGUUCAGAGAAGGUGGAAGAUCAGAUAGAGGAUCACCUCGGACAGGAAGACUGAGUGUAGUCGAGGAAGAUGCUCCACCUCCUGUACCUCCCAAAACUACAAGUCUGAUGAGUAGGGUAAUGGGAAAAUCUAGCUCUAGUCAGAGAGAAAGACCUCGAUCAGAGAAUCUGCCGCCUGUUUCUCAUCGAACUUCACAUAUCGAAGAUCAUCGACAUCCUCUUCCUCAGGAUGAACGACCUGAACUUCUACGUUCUCCACCAAAAAGAGAUGAUCUGAAAUCGUCUUCAUCCGAUGAUCAAUAUCCACCGGAUCAACAAGCUCAACAACAGCAUCACCCUGCGGGUCCCGCGCCAUAUUACAACCCUUACUAUUCUGGUGCUACUCUACCUGCGUAUGCUGCUGCCAUGCCUCAGGUGUACAACAUGUUAUCACCACCUAUGGCAUACCCUCAACCUGGUUUACCCGCGUGGGGAGGACCUGCGGGACAGUACAGACCUGCACAGCGUGGUAUGAUGGCUCAACAUCCGCCACCUAUUGAUCCUGCUUCUCCAGCUAGAGAAAGCGUCGAUCCUCCGUCUGAUAUGAACCCUCCUCCACAACCUCAAAUUCAACCUCAGCCUGCUCAGCAACCCUUUCAGGGAUAUCCACCUCAGAUGAUGGGUUACCCCCCUCAACAAGGGUAUUGGAACGGUAUGACUAGACCCUCUAUCUGGCAAAGAAUGUUUCGAAAACCUUCUCAUGGUCAAGGUCAAGAAGAGGACAACAUAGGACCUGACGAUAGCGUCACGAUACGUAAUUGGAGGAAGGGAAUCCGACCUGGUGGAAGAGCUCCCACGAUGUUACCUAAUGUUACUCCUCAAAGGGGUGCUCCUACUUUUGUUCCUCCCCGACCUACUUUGGCUGAUACUGCUUAUCCCGGUACAGGAAUGGGAAUGGGAAUGGGAAUAAUGGGUACCCCAAGUGGACCUGGAACAACAUUGUAUAAUGCUCGAGGGGGAUAUUCGAUGGUCCGAUCUCCAAGAGAGAGAGGAGGAGGCAGAGAAGGUACACCGAGUGUGUGGGAGAAAUUGAUGUAUCGCCGUCAAACUGAAGAAGCGAUUUAUAGAUCGCCUCCGAGGAAGAACCGAAGAGAUUUACCUGAUCCUGCUCCUUCACCUUCUCCUUUAGGUCCAAGAAAGAAUGUUUUGAGUAGAUCAAGAUCACGAACCAGGGAAGUGACUAAAGACAGACCGAGGUAUGAGGAUGAUACCACUAGGGGAAGAAGGGAUAAAGAUAAUAGGUAUGUCAUUAGACAGAAGGAAAAGGAUGAAAGAAGAAGACAGAGAUCGCUCAGAAGAGAUCAACGAGCGACUGCCCAGCAAACUCAGAGACAGGGGCUAAGCAGAGAACAGUUUCUGUAUGCUGAUGAGAGGGAUAGACCAGGUGAUUUGGGUAUGGGUCUAGCAAGAGGAAGGUCGGGGACGUUGGUGGGAGAGUGGGUUGGGAAGUUUGGGAGAGGAAGGACUGGACAACAGUUCCCAAAUUCUGAGUCUCAAGCCAGGAAUUAUCAACCGAGAUUAUGGAAAGAUCGAUUGGUCUUCAACAAUCGACGUACCCCUGGUCAAGUCGAAAGGACGCAGGCUCAACUGCAGCCUCAAACUCAAAGUAACAAUCGAGGACAAAGAACGACUCUCCGAAGGACACUGAGGACUACGGAGAGGGUCAACCCUGCUACUGGAACCGGAGGUAAUGCGUUAGGAUUGGGAGGAUUGGGAUUGGGGGUUGGUGGUUCCCAAAGACAAGUUAGGUCUCGAGGAAGGGUUGAAGGCCCGGGUUUGGGGAUGAGAGGGAUGAUUGGGAGAUUGAAUUUGAAUAGGAGGGAUGGAGCUGCUACCAACAGAGGAAGGAGGAUGUGA